AUGCCGUCGCUGCCGCAUCGCCCAGUGCUGGCCCCCCGUGACGGCAUAUCUAGCUUUGUGUCUGUCCAAAGCUCGGAUUCCUAUUACAGCGAUCAUGAAAUCGCCAUCCUACACCGUGUCGUCACGGCAGCCCAGGAGAAUCUCGAACUCCUUCCCGAGGGCGAGCGAUUGGCAACAAACGCCUUAUUCCAGGCUUAUGAUGCCGUGCUCCCACUCUUCGGCAUCGACCCGGAGGAAGAAAACCAUAUCUCGCGCCUCGUAUUCCGCGUUGGCGGUGAACGCGGCGAAGGGUCACUCCAGGAGAAACUUGACGCCGUUUUGUCAAGGAUGGGCAUCGGCCUUGAGUUCGGAAGCGAAGGGUCCAGGGCAUUAUCAAACAACGGCGACGACGACAACGAAGAUGAAGACGGAGCCGGAGCCGGAUAUGUGGAGGCUGCUACGCCGCAGCCUGCGCUUACAAACACCGAUCGAGACUCUAUCACGUCCGGAGACGAGUCCUCUAAAGAGGUCGAGCUUGCACCCCGAGAACCAUACGCGACUCUGCGAUCUUCGCAGGCGCAAGCAUCACAUCACUUGGGCUAUGCUGCAUCUCCCCCAAGGCUGACGCGCGUUGGCUUGGUAUCGAAUCACUUGGAUCUGAAGUCUAUCAACCAUAAUAAACCGGCACCCCAAAGCUAUACCCCCUCGACGGCUGGAAACACAGAACAAAGUCGUCAAAGCCGGCAAUCAGGAUCUGGCACCAGUGUGCAACGUGGCGCCAGCGACACCACAGUUCAGCCCAUUGAGGCGCCUUAUAUCCACCCCGCAAAUGAGAACGAGACGGCCGCUCUACCAAUACGGACAAAGCCCAUAAGAACGGUGAAUUGGCUGCUUCCGCCUGAUACCACCAGCAUCAGCGCCGGCACCGGCGUCAUGGAAGACCAUGUUGUGCAUGAUACUGAGACACGGGGUUCUCGUGAACAUGAGCUCAGUACUCAAAAGCCUUCAGUACACGCGCCUCCUGUACAUGAAUCUACGGUCCAGGAGAUUGCCACUCAUCAAGCAACCAAAAGGAAGCAACCUGUCGAAGAACCCCCUGCAGGCGGGAUCGAGGGUGAUGAAGCAAAGCCAGUGAUUGACGAUGAAAUCAACGGAGGGCCUGAUGACGAAGCAAGAUAUGCGGUACUGGAGUGGAAAUCGACCAAAGUAAAGGGGUACUUACUGCUCCUAAGAGGAUUGUCACACUGGAAACAACACGCUCUUGACAAGCUCGAACGAAUGGCCGUAGCAAGGAGGCAUAUUUUGCGGAUGCGUCACUUCGACCCGUGGGAGCUGGUCACGGCCGAAACUAGGAUCCGGGGUCGUCGUGUGUUCACUUCUCGUCUUAUGGCCUCAUGGCUCAGGCGCGCCGGUGAAGACUUGGACACAGAAGAUGCAAGCUUAGCCCAUGCCCAACGGAAUAUGGCCCAGAAUGCCCUCAGACAAUGGUCAACCUCCUGCCUAAGUCCAAUGGAACCUCGUUUUCCGCCGCGCACUGUGUCCAUUCAUCUGCAACAAUGGCAUUCGGCUUGCUCAAGUUUACAGGGGCUUAGGUCGCACAUGGAGAAUCUGUACGAAGAACAUGGAAGGUUUCGGGUCUUGAGGACAUGGUCCCACCAAGCAGCGUCUCAUCUGAGAGACGUUGCUGCAUUUCGCAGAUACCAUAUCAUUCAGGGCCCUUUACACCAGUGGCAUCUUGACUCAAGGGUAGAGGUCUUCAAGUCCAAGCUGGAAAUCAAGCUCGUUCGCAGCUGCUUGUCGAGGUGGCAAAGCGCGUGCAUGGCCCCACCGAUAUUCGGCCAGAUCAACGCCCUCAGCCGCGGGAUUGCUGUGGAUUCUGUGUCCGGCAUGGCCUUGCCUAGACCGCGGCGAGGCGUGACAUCCCUCAUGGCCAUAUCAGAUCGUCUGCUGAAGACCAAAGUUCUUUGCAAUUGGCAACGACAAGCUUCAGUAGUCGCCAAGACGAGCACGAGAACGCGUCGGUUUGCGUCGCAUCGAGGGGCACAUAAAGCAUUGGAAAUGUGGCAUAUCGACGUCGAUGAAAAAAGAAACCUCCAGAAGUGGGUGCAGCGCGGUUGUUUCUACAUUAGUGUCACGCAUGCACUCAAGACAUGGCGAUCUAGAUCAGCUUGGAGGUCAGGGACUCGAAAGUCCUAUGCCCGAUGCAGACAGCACGUCAAAGCUACCUUCACCAAAGGUUAUCUUGAUUUGUGGAAGACAGCUACUCGUGCUCACGUGAACUUGGGCUGGAAAACGGAUCAGCACCACAUUGUAGUGGAACAUGGUCGUCUCAUUCAUAUGCUGAAAUUGUGGCGAGAAGAGAGCAGUCGCGACGGGGGGACGAGUAAGCUUUUGACUGCUGCAUGGGUGGACGAAUGGAAUGGAAUGUCCCAAGAUCUCGCCGUCAAAGAGGACCGCGUCAAACAGGCUUGGUCGGUGAACCUGAAGUCACGUUGGUGGAGUCAGUGGCAAUCAUCUUUGCUGCAAUUGAAAAGCCGAGAAUACGUGGCACUAGAUGUUAAGGAAAGGAACAGCAAGAAGGCUGUACGACGACUUCUGCUGCAUUGGAAGGGAGAAAGGAAUCUGAGCACAUCUUACCAGUCAGCAACACUGAGAGCUAGUCUCGGCAGCUCAAGAAGAGGAGCUGGCUUCGUGGCCAGUCGCACCUCACUGCCACUCUCGAGAGCAGUUCACGAACGGCACAGCGGACCAAGUUUUCGCGGUUCCAGGAUACAAGAAGUGGAGCCAACGGCUGACGACGAUGAUCACGACGGAACCGGGUCUGGACCAGAUACUGAUGGAGUUGUGGCGAAUACGCCGACCCGGUGGACGGGUAUGGCGUCUUCUGUGAGGCUUCCGUCCAUGACACCUUUUGCUCCCCUUCCAACGCCAUUUGAACGAGAGCUCCGAGAACGAUACAACCGAAGCGUGCCUACAACUGCGACUGGCCAGAUGAGCAGCCUUUCCUUCGCACAGGCGCAAAGGCUCUCUGUGGCCGGGACACGGCGAGCAGCCAGGGAGAAUACAGCGGAUAUUGGCAGAGGUGGUUGA